CGUCUUUCUCCUUCUUCAUUAUCUCUCUAUCUCCCUUCUUCAUCAACGCCUCUCGGUCUCUCUGGUUCUUCGAUUCGAUGGCCUCCACUGAUUCCGCGAAUGUGUUACCAGAACCGGUUGAAUCUAAUAAGUCUCCCAAUACUGAUUUGAAAGAUGAUGCUACAAACCCUAAGCCGGCUGGGGAAGUGGUGACCAUUCCGAAUCCGGCUCCGGCCAUCGAUGAGGACUUGACCGAAUCAGAGACAAUGAGGGGUAGGAGUUCAGUAACUGAUUCUGGAUGGGCUAUACGCAAGAAAUGGGGCUCUGAUUGCGUGGAGGACACGUACGAGGGAUUUCCAGAGUUAGACGGGGAAGAAGUGACCUCAAAGCCGCCAUGGUCUCCAGAUCCAUUAGACCAUAUGUUCGGUCACGAUCGUCGUCGUCCUUGGAUGCCGUUUUCUGGGGGAAGCCUGUAACCUUGUCUCAUUUUCUUAAAGUUGUGAUGUACGGUGGUUGCUUUAUGUAUUAUUGUUGUUAAAAACUCUAGCUGAACCGAUGCACG